AUGGCGCCCUGGGAGGACUUCGACUCCACAUUCUCCUUCAAGAGAGAUGCCUCCUAUGAUUCUAAAACAUACGACCAAAUCCUCUCCAACCGACAAGCGCUGGAGAACAUCCUCUUCGUUGACCGGUUGCUUAAAGCUCUACAGAUAGAUGCUGCUUCACGAGUCUACCCGCCAAAAACCAACCAAGCCGUCCGCAGCCUCUAUUCGCAAAUCGUCGCCUCCUCCUCUCCAAACCAUCACAAACAGGCGUUGAUAUAUUAUAUCCUUAGAGAUUUUCGAAAUAUGGGCAGUGGAGAUGUCAGUCUGCAAUUUGCGCGACAUUGCUAUCUUCCGGAGAAAUACAGACUCUUCGUCGAGGGUUUGUGGCAUCUGGACAGGUUGGAGUUUAGGAGAGCACUGGAGUAUUUAACCUCUCCUUCCCUGCUCCCCACAUUUCCCGACGAAAUCCUCUGCGUCCUCGCAACCCUCCCACCACAAAAACAAGAUGACAGUCUCGCAACGGCAUAUUACCUCACCGUCUCUCCACCACUAGCAUCCCCCAAGGCUCUGAACGCUUACUUCGCCCUCCUCUGCCGAACCCGCAUCACAGAGUCCUUCUACUUCGCCCGCAAACAAAACAACGCGCUGCACCGCGACCUUCUCGAACAACUCAUCAUCUUUGUCCUGUCGAGUAAACCCGGUGAAACCCGAGCCAAUCGCGCGAUGGAUCUCAUUAACCUACCGUUUAACCAGGAGGAGGAGAAGUGGUUUGAAGAGUGUUUGUUGGAAGGCAAAGCCAAGCAUCUGCAGGGCGCGAAGGAUACGGUUAUGAUGCGGCGGGUGGCAACGGGGCAGCUGGAGAAUCUGAGUGAAGAUUUGGAGGCCUUGGGCGGGAGGAAAAUUGAGGGGUUGAAUUGGGAUGAUUUGAAGAAGAAUCUGCGGCCGACAUCUUCACUUGCAGUCUUGGGAGGGCCAUUUGCUGGGGACGGGCAGUAG